CACUCAUCACAACAAGAUGGAAGUUGAGAGCAUCUCCACUGGUUCACAGACCACCAUCCCUCACAAAGACGGCUGCCCAUCCUUGCAUGGCCCCCAGAGCUCCGUGUCCUCCAAAAUCCUGCUGGCGUACAAAAACGCAUCACAACACCUAAACUCGUCGGGAAUCAAAGUGGGCAUCCUCAGAGUGGCCACGGCGCAGUUGAAACAGGACAAGAAGAAGACGGAUUCAGGUUCAGCCAUGAGGGAAUCCACUCAUAAUACCAACCCGUGUAAAACAUCUCCUCUGCAUCAGCUCGCAGCUCUGGUUCUCCACGGCCAAACCUGGCGUCGCCAAAUAUGUGAAGAUCCCCGAAACGAGCACUUGCUCUCCACUAAGCCGCAGAACUGUAAGCGCAUUGUGGUUCUUGGCGCGCCACGGGUGGGUAAGACUUCCAUACUGCGAAGAUACCUCCGAGAUGGAUUUGUGGAAGAAUACAAGCCCACAUCCGAGGAUUUUGUGCGUAAACUGUUCCGUAUCCGCGGUGAGACUUACCAAAUCGAUAUCCUGGAUGCAUCCAGGGAGAGAGACUUCCCAGCCAAGCGGCGAUUGUCCAUUCUUACAGGGGACAUUUUUCUGCUGGUCUUCAGCCUGGAUGACAGGAGCUCUUUCGAAGAGGUCUGCGCCCUCAGACAGGAGAUCCUGGCAGCCAAAUCCAAACUCACGAAACGGUCUCAACUCGCCUUGGUGGUGUGCGCUAAUAAAGUGGAUCUCCUGCAGUCCGAGAGGGACGUCUCACAGACGGAGGUUCUCCAAGCUCUCGGUGACAACUGUGCCUACUUUGAAACGUCUGCAAAGGACAGCACCAAUCUGGAGAAAGUGUUCGAAGCUUUGGCGAAGCGCGGUGGGCUUCCGGCUGAAACGCGGCCAUCUCAGCACCGCAAAUUAUCUCUCCGUAGUUAUCAAGCAAUGCGCACUGGGCGCAUACGAGUCCAGUCGCCUGCAGGUGAUGCUUGUGGGGUCCUGUACCCGCUGGCGCGCAGGCCGAGCUUUAGCGCGGAUCUGCGACAUGUCAUUGGCACACAGAGUGCGCAAAAGUGCGGCAAAACACAAGAAAGAUGUCACAUUCAAUGAGACGACAUUUAUUAUUAUUAUUAUUAAUUUUCAUUUUCAUGGCCUGGUGGUGCCAUCAAAUAUUAUUAUAAAUAUUAUAUUUCAUUAAAAAAAUGAACAGAUGAUCAUGGAAUUCUGUAAAUAUUGCAUUUUAUACUGUAUGAUAUUGAAAUAAAUCUUUUUAAUAGUCCACUCAGCUCUUGAUAUCAAACCUGUGCGUGUGUGCGUGUGUGUGUGUGUGUGUGUGUGUGUGUGUGUGUGUGUGUGUCAUAGAGACUGUGGGAGGAUGUUGAGUCAGUUAUUUGAUUAUGAUGACAGUUGCAUAACCCGCUGUGUAGUCAAAGGUCUACUUCUCAACACCCGCACCUUACUCUCUUUCCUUAUUUAUUUUCUGUACCACCGCUUCUACCCGUUAUUGAGCUGGAGUCUAUCCCAGUUGACCUUCAAGUGACAGGCAGAUCACAGCAAUCACAGGGCACAUAUACAAACAAGCACUCACAUUCACAACUGUUGGACAAUUUAGACCAGGGGUCUCAAACACGUGGCCACUAGUUUGAGGCCCCCACCUUGAUAUGAAAGUUUAAUGUUAGUGCGGCCCGUGCAAGUUUGAUAUGG